AUGUUAUUGAGAUUUCUUUUCGCUGCGAGUUUACUCCAACUCGCCGCUGCUUCAAACGACUGUCUCAAUGAACCCGUGCCUAUCACUAAUGCCCCAAAAACCAACGUCUGGGCAGGAAUCAGUGCUGAGGACAAUUUUGCUGUCUGGGAACUUCUUCAUGACCCUACGAUUGGCCUCAACCUGACAUCCCCCGGCAACGCAACUAUCACCGAUAAUUAUGUCUUCUGGAUUGAUGCGAUGCCGACGAAUAAAUCCGCAGUGCUUGCUUACCUCGACAGCGAUAACCCUCCGCCGCUGAAGUACGCCCGGGUUAUCAUUUUUGAAGGUGGAAGGGAAAACCCUAGGUCUCAAGAAUACAUGGUUGGCCCCCUUCCUGUAUCUCCUGCGACCAUUGUCAAACCUCUUGAUUACAUUUACAAUGGGGAUAUGGGUGGAUCUGUGCCUUUCAAUGCCCGCAGCUUCGACGAUGUACGUGAAAUGGCCGUGGAGCCACUGGUUGCAUCUAUUAUGUCUAGCAUUGCCCACAUAACGUCGGUGCUAUUCCAGGGGGGCGUGUAUUAUGGCAAGGAGGAUAACAGAACGACGCUAAAAUUUUCUUAUACCAAUCCUGUUUCUUUUGAUGGAGAGCAGACAUUUCUCAACAUUAUGUUUAGAUUUCCAGCAAACGCUUUCCUGACUCCACUGGACUUCUUUCUCCUCAUUGACUGUACUGGAACAGACCCUUCUACCUACUCCGUAAAAGGUUUUGUAACAAAGGAGCGGUUCUUUCCUACCGUUGAAGAGCUGGCGAUGGCGUUUGCGGCUGAUGAGCUGGACCAGGAGUUUAACCAGACCACAAACGGUUCCUGGGCUUUACUGGAUCGUAAGACUGAGAUGGGCACUCGUGAACUGGAUGAGAAGUUCUCCGCGACUCUCUUGGAGCUUGGCGGGAAGAGAUAUAAGUUGGACAAAGACCAACGGUUCGUGGAAUAUAUGGGUUGGUCUUUCUACAUGGCACACAGUCGCACUCUCGGCCUCAUGUUCUUUGAUAUCAAGUUCAAGGGUGAACGCAUUCUCUAUGAGUUAUCGCUUCAAGAAGCUCUAGCUCAGUAUGGAGGAAACCAACCCUUGGCAGCGAGCUCAGCCUUUCAAGAUACUCACUACAGUCUAGGAGCCAGGAUGGGAGUCCUGCUUGAAGGGUUUGAUUGUCCAUAUGGAUCCACCUUUUUGAACUUGACUUACCACGAGGGCAACCACACCAUAAUCAGCCCAGAUUCCAUCUGCAUUUUUGAAACUGACAUAGGAUUUCCCGUUUCCCGGCAUCUCUCUAGAGUUGAAGAGUCUCGGUGGGGAUACACAAGCCUGGGUGUAGUCAAGGGCAAUGCACUCGUAAUACGCGCAGUGGCUACGGUUGACAAUUAUGACUACAUGUUUGAUUAUACAUUCCACGUCGAUGGGACGCUCGGAAUCUCAGUCCGUGCUAGUGGCUACAUCCAAUCUAGCCCCUAUUAUAAGUCGCAGAGGCAAUGGGGCCCUCGCAUUCAGAAAGCUACCCAAGGAUCGCUCCAUAGCCACAUCCUGACAUGGAAAGCGGACUUUGACAUCGUUGAUUCCUCCAACUCCUUCCGGAUCGACAAAUUGGUGGCCACACAGCAAUCGCAGCCCUGGUUCCCUGAGCUCGACGAUUUUGAGCAAAUUGAGGUUCAAAGCAACUUCUUGAAAAAGGAAGAACGACUGAACUACGAACCAAAUAGCCAGGCCAUGUACUGCGUGGUGAAUAAAGGAAAGAAGAAUGCUUGGGGCGAAACCCGGGCUUAUCGGAUCGUUCCUGGUCGCUCCAAUGUCCACCUCCCAAUCUUCAAUUCCCCAUUCUCCUUAAAGAAUUCUGAAUUUGCCAAACAGCAUCUCGCCGUCACUCGCCAACAUGACCAUGAGCCCUUUGCAAACUCCGUCCAAAAUACCAACUUGCCCUGGAAGCCGCAACAGGAUUUCAGCAAAUUUUUCAAUGAAGAAUCUCUAGACCAGGAAGAUCUGGUCGUAUGGGUAAAUAUGGGCAUGCACCAUUUUACCCGCUCUGAGGAUGUUCCUGUGACGUUGUAUAGCGAGUCGCAUGCAAGCAUGGCUUUCUCACCACACAAUUUCUUCGACCGGGCACAGGAUAGCGACUUAAUGAAUCGGCGCUGGGUUGUAGUAGAUCAGGAAAGUCAGGAGCUAGAUUUCGAAGAUUAUGGUGUGAAGCUUCCCCAGUGUAAGAUUCGGAUUGAAGAACCAGUUCUAGGCCUCAAUCCAAUACUAGAAGCCUAA